UUCGACAAUAUGUGGUUCAUGAAAGAUGGAGCUUGACCCCAUCGAAGCAGGAGAGUGUUUGAUGUCCUGGGGGAGCACUUUGGGGACCACAUUCUGGCUCUGGGCACCCAGAGACCACUGGCAUGGGCCUUUAUUGGCUGCCAUAUUCUCCGGAUCUGAACAUAUGCGACUUGUUUCUAUGGGGUUAUAUUAAAGAAAAGGUGUGCAGCAAUAACACCAAAACCAUUUCUGAGCUGAAAACAGUCAUUCAGAAGGUCAUUGACAGCAUUGAUGUUUCGACACAUCAGCGGGUCAUCCAGAAUUUUGCUAUUCAUCUGUACCAUAUCAAUGCCAAUGAUGACAGGCACAUCGAACAUGUCAUAACCUAAAUAUCUGUAGUGACAUUUACAAGUUGGAUAAAGUGUGUGCAUGCCAUCGUUUGUAACUAAUUUAUGUUUUUUUCAUACAGUUCAAUGACUGUCAUCCAGUGUGCGUGUACGUGUGUGUGUGUGUGUGUGUGUGUGUGUGUGUGUGUGUGUGUGUGUGUGGAUUAGGAUAUAUGGCUUAGGAGUGCUGUAUUUAAAUGAGCUUAACAAUCUGCGUAAUAUUUUAAUGUGACUAAGCAAAAAAUAUGUGACAGAUGAUUAACUAUGUCUGAGAGUGAUCGCCGGGCAGACGGACGGGCACAACGUGUUCGAGCUCGGAGGAACAAAGCUAAUGCUCGAGAGAGGCAUCGUAUGCAUGGACUCAAUGCUGCACUUGAUCGUCUACGCAGAUGCAUCCCACUGCAAAGUCCCACUUCACCUCUUUCUCCAGCAUCCCAGCAGCAACAAAAAUUGUCCAAAAUUGAAACACUGAGACUUGCACGUAAUUACAUAUGGGCAUUGGCACAAGUGUUGGCAGAAGGUCAUCCAAUGGAAGGUAACAGGCUCCUAAGAGUCCUUUCAAGAGGCCUGAGCCAGGCUACUGCAUCUCAACUGGCAGCAGCACUUACCUCUCAGGGCUGCCAACUAGCAACUGGCUGGGGUCUCAAUCAAAUAUAUAGUUGUGAUAUGCAUGAAAUACACAAUACCAUCUACAAUGGAAAUGUGUCUGCACUGAGCAAUGGAUACUGUCCUGGCUUCUUACCACAACAGGCUGAUGGCAACCUCUUAUACAGUUGUCCACGCCAAGGCAUAUCAUGUGGUUACAGUGGUGUAGAUUGCCACUGGGAUGAUCAGGACACAUCAUCAUCCUUCACAUCUGUCAAUCUGAGUUCUCAGGACUCAUCACCUGAGCACACUUACACCUACCAGGCACAGGCGUGCUGCUAUCAGUGGUAA